ACAACCACUCCCUUUCAAUUUUUAAGACCAAGUCCUUGUUGAACUCAACCUCUUCUCCCACAACCAAAAUGAAGUCUCCUUCAUCUUCAAUCUCCAUUAGAAAGACCUCUUAUUCUUCAUAUUUCCUAAUCUUAUUCUUCAUCUUUUUUCUGGUCAUCAUCUAUAGCCAAGACUUCCUUUGCAUCCUUAGACAACCUCCAUUAGAACAAGAGAAGGAUGAGUUUGAGCAAAAGGUGGUCGAAAAGGCGGCGGAAACGGGCUGUGACUUGUUUUCCGGCGAGUGGGUUUAUGAUGAAGAUACAAGACCUCAGUAUGAAGAAAAUGAAUGUCCUUAUAUUCAACCUCAGUUAACAUGUCAAGCUCAUGGACGUCCUGAUAAAGGAUAUCAACAUUGGAGAUGGCAACCUCAUGGAUGUUCUCUUCCCAGUUUUAAUGCCACAUUCAUGCUUGAAAUGCUACGAGGAAAGAGGAUGAUGUUUAUAGGGGACUCUUUAAACAGAGGCCAAUUUGUCUCUAUGGUUUGCCUUCUUCACAGAGUAAUCCCAGAGAACUCCAAAUCAUUUGAAACCAUUGACUCACUCACAGUCUUCAAAGCCAAGAAUUACAAUGCUUCCAUUGAGUUCUACUGGGCACCCUUCUUGGUAGAAUCCAACUCUGAUGAUGCUGUUGUGCAUAGAAUCACAGACAGAAUAGUCAGAGCAGGAUCAAUCAACAAACAUGCAAAACAUUGGAAAGGAGUUGAUAUCUUUGUUUUCAAUACUUAUCUUUGGUGGAUGACUGGCCAGAAGAUGAAGAUACUAAGAGGUUCUUUUGGAGAUGAGAUGAAGAACAACAUCACAUUGAUGGAAACUGAGGAUGCUUAUAAGUUGGCAUUGAGAAGGGUAGUGAGAUGGUUGGAGAAAAACUUAGAUCCUCAUCAAAACAGAGUCUUCUUCGCUACCAUGUCUCCCACUCAUGAAAGUAGUGAGGGAUGGGGAGGUGAGAAAGAUGGGAAUUGUUACAAAGAAACAACUCCAAUUAAGGAUGUAAAUUACUGGGGAAGCUCAAGCAAGAAGAUAAUGGAGGUAAUUAAGCAAGUGUUUAAGAAGUCAAAGGUGGGAAUUAGUGUGCUGAAUAUAACUCAGUUAUCAGAGUACAGAAAAGAUGCACACACUUCAAUUCAUAAGAAACAAUGGAAUCCAUUGACUGCUGAACAGAUUGCUAAUCCAAAGAGUUAUGCUGAUUGUACUCAUUGGUGUUUGCCUGGUCUUCAGGACACUUGGAAUGAACUCUUGUAUACUGAGCUUUUCUUUCCUGGACAAAAGCAAUUGAAAUGAACUUUUUGAUUUAAUUUGUUUAUUUAUUUAUUUUUCA